AUGGCGGGUGAAAAGAUGCCCAUGCUCACUGGCAGGGGCACGGCUCGCAAGGGCGGAGCCAGCUGGAGGAUCCGACUGACGCUGCUCGCCCUUUCCAUCGCGGUGUAUACGCUUUACGCUGCGCUGCGCACUGAUACAACUUCUUGCAAGACGGCUGUUUGGCCCUUCCCGCCGACGCCCAAGCCAUCCGACGAUCCAAAUGUCGCCAAGUGCCGCGCCCUCAAAGUGGCCCCCGGAGCGCCAGGCAAUUUCAGCCAGCGUGUUCGCUCAGACAGAGCCAAGCCGCGAUCAGAGGCGCCACCCUUGCUGAUCAAGAAUGCAAAGGUGUGGCGCGCCGAUGCCAAAACAGGGGUCAUAGAGAAUGCUAGCGUGUGGAUCAACAAUGGGCUGAUCAAACGGGUCGCAGGCGGAUGGACCGCGGCUGCCGAGAUGGAAGCCGUAGCUGCUUCGAGCAGCGACAGCGUGAUCAUCGAUGCUAAAGGCCGAUGGCUCACACCAGGCAUCAUAGACAUCCAUGUACAUGUCGGUGUAUAUCCCCAACCUCUGCUGGAUGGCACGUUGGACGUCAAUUCGCACCAAUCUCCGAGGACACCGGCUCUGCGCUCAGUCGACGCGCUCAAUUCCUUCGAUUUGGCUUGGCAUCAGCUAGCUGCAGGAGGCAUCACCACCGGUCUCGUCCUACCGGGCAGUCUCAACAAUGUUGGCGGUCAAGCCUUCCCUGUCAAACUUGGCAGACAAACGCUGAGCGAUUCGAGGAACGGCGCGUGGCGCAGGGUAGUCGAUCCUCCCGCCGUCGUGGUGGGACCGGGCGAAGGAUGGGGUUGCAACGCUACAGCUGGAGACGGCAUGAAGCGCGCAAAGGGUCAAUCUUCAUGGAGGCACAUGAAGAUGGCUUGCGGCGAGAACGCCAAGCGUGGGUAUGGACUCGUCCGCAUGGACGAAGCGCUCGGCUUCAGGUCCCUCUUUCAGCGCGCCAAGCAGCUCAAAGAAUCUCAAGAUAGCUUCUGUUCGCGAUUAGAGCAGGGCGAAAUUCAGACAGCAGAGUCUUUCCCAGAUGACCUCGAGCUGGAAGCUGUUGUCGAUGUGCUUCGGGGCAAGGUCAAGGUGAGUGUCGCGUACGCUGCAGCGUCUCGGCGAUACGGUCCCGACUGACGAACACCCCUCUUUGCAGGUCAACACCCACUGCUACACGGCAGCAGACCUCGAAGCUUACGUGCGGCACACCAACGAGUACAAGUUCCCGCUGGCCGCCUUUCACCACGCCCACGAAGCUUAUCUGGUGCCCGAUCUACUCAAGAAGGCAUACGGUGCUCCGCCCGCUGUGGCCCUCUUUAGCUUGAAUGGCAAUUACAAAGCGGAAGCCAUCUCUGGCUCUCCCUUUGCACCUGCACUUCUCGAGUCGCAUGGAUUGCAGGUACAUAUCAAGAGCGAUCAUCCUGUCACAGAUAGCCGAAGGCUUGUCCAGCAAGUCGCUCAGGCUCAUCAUUAUGGUGAGGCGGCGCGGAUAAUUCAAAAGGGCGCUUAUAGUACACGCAGCUCAUCGCAAUGCCCCCAUCCUCUUUUGCACUUGCAGGCUUCAACAAAGCUUUGGAAUCGGUCACUAGCGCAGCUGCUCGCUCUCUGGGUCUCGAUCAUCGCAUUGGGCACAUCAAAGAAGGCUACGACGCCGAUCUGGUCUUGUGGAGCGACCAUCCCCUGAAACUUGGAUCAACUCCCUUGCAAACCAUCGUUGAUGGCACGCUUCAGCUCGACCUCUCCUUAGCGCAUCAGAACACAAGCAAAAGCGCAGCAGACUCGUCGCCGCGUCAAGCGGACUACGCCCACGAAGUGCAUCGCGUCAACACAAGUGGUCCGGACAUUCUGACCGGUCGAGCUAAUGCUGGUCCUGAAGCCUUGGCAGGGCGCUUCGAUGACCUUGUCUUCGCCAACGUCUCUGCUGUCUAUCUUCAAGAGGGCGAGAAGGUCAGGCUGGUUGAUCUGAACGGGACCGGCACCGUCCAUAUCGAGAAGGGCACCAUCACCUGCGCAGGAUCCCUGCAAGCGUGCCCAUUGAAAACGCACCACACCGUCGACCUUAAGGGAUAUGGUGUCAUCACUCCCGGUCUAACGACAUACGGAUCCGAGCUGGGUCUUUCGGACAUCGUAAGCGAACCUUCUACUGGUGAUUUUGCAUCCGCUAGAUCCAACUUCAACACGCUCGUAGGCAGGACUUCUUUGCCCCUAAGCCGAGCAGUCGAUGGGCUUCAGUGGGGGAGCAACGACCUGCAACGCGCACUCGCGAGCGGCGUUACCAGCGUCGUCGUCGCUCCGCGCUCUAGCGGCAGCUUUGUGGCUGGCAUAUCGACACGCUUCCGAACAGCUGUGGAAGACGUUUGGAACCCGCAUGCUAUCCUUAAAGAAGAAAUUGCGCUUCACGUUUGGUUGUCGCACUUGCAAGACGGAGAUGCUGGAGCCAUCUCGGAAGCGGAGCAGAUUGGCGUUCUCCGCGAUCUGCUUUCGAGAGCGGAUCGCAUUCGCACGCACGAUGCGGCGGAAGGUGGAGGAUACAACGAUGGCGUUUGGCAGCGGGUUGUCACGGGAAAGCUGGCUCUCGUAGUGCACGCAAGCAAAGCUGAACGUCUAAGCACGCUUUUGAAGCUGAAGCACCAGCAUUAUCGAUUGAGGCUGGUUUUGGCGGAAGCCGAAGAGGCAGCUCAUGGAGGUCUGCCGGCCGCGCUUGCGGCUGCGGGUGUGGGAGUACUGAUCAAGCCGUUCAUCCGGCCGCAGUUCUACGAUAGCAGACGGGCUUUGCCUGGUCCGCCACUGUCGAGCAACACUACCCUCUCCGUCCUCCGCGCGCACGGAGUCAAGACUGGCUUCUUGUUGGAUGAGAGCUGGGAAGCUACAUCCCUUUUGUGGGAUGCUUCUGCUGCUUCCCUGGAAGCGGGCGUGGAAAGAGGCGAGGAGGUGCUAGAACAUCUUUUGAGGUGAGAUAGGGCAGGUGAGCGAGCCGCACAUCAAGUGUGAAGCUGAUGAGUACCUCCACGUCGUGCUACAACCGCAGCUUGGAGAGCUUGCUGGGCCUAGAAACGACUCGGGAUUGGGUCGCAUACGAUGUGAGUUGUGAUGUGUCGCACCGCCGCCUGGACGGGACCGCCCUUCAGCCUAGGCGCUUAUCUCUUGCAUCGCUCCAUCACGCUUCCAGCACAAUCCCUUUGAAUAUGGCGCAAGACCCGUGGCCAUCGGAGGUCCAGCAGGUGUUGCAAUGUUCCCGUGA